AUGGAGGGUGCGGCUACGGCGGAGGAAGAUUCGGUAGCGGCGAAGGAAGAGCUUGCCUGGGCCGAAAGCCAAUUCCCCGGCUGCUCGACGGUUCUAUCCAAGGCGACGAGGCUGUCAGGUCUGCUCGCGGACGUGUGGGAGACCCUGGCAGACCCGUCAGCGGCAGAGGCAGAGCGGCCGCGAGUCUUGAUGUUUCCGGACUGCCCAGCGGUAGCCGAGGCGCGAGGCCUUCAGAAUUUGUACGAACACCUUGAGGUGUGCCAGGACGCUUGCGAACAGUUCGGAACGAUGGUGUCGAUCGUCCCGCAUCCCAGGGGGGGCAGGACCGGUGCCCCCGCUCCCUCGCUGGUGGUUCAAGUCGUGCCCGGCGCCGGCGGGGGGGACGACUUCGGCUACGAUCCCGACUGGGACGACGACUGGGACAUCGAUCGCAGCCUCCUGGACGACGACGAGGCAGAGGGCGAGGGGGCCGCCGGAGGGGACUGGGACGAGGACGGGGUGGUGCGGGUGGACGCGGCGGCCUUGAGCGUGGUGCCUUCGUCGGACGAGGAGGUGCAGGAGCUCACCAAGUCGUGGGUGCAGGCUGUGAUCACGGACAUGGGGGUGUGUCCCUUCAGCGUGGACGCCUCUAGAGCGGGUCUUCCGGUGGGUCAGGUCCGCUACCCGGUAACGAGAGAGACCACGGCGGAGUCGAUCUACCGCGAGUACUGGCGGGAGGUGGAGCUGCUUGUUUCCGAGACGAACGAGAGGUCGCUGAGUACCACUCUUCUCAUCACCCCGGAGUUCUCGCUCAACAACGCGGAGGCCUUUGAGGUCAUCGGCCAGACGCUAACGCAGCCAUUGGAGGCGUUGCACCUUGAGGACGACAUCCAGCUCGUCUUCUUUCACCCCCAAUACGCCUUCAGGGACGGGCGAGAUCGCAUUGGGAGCGGCGGCGCGGCUAACUUCGCCCGACGGUCUCCCUUCCCAAUGAUCAACAUCCUCAGGACCAACCAGGUCCGGUUGGCCCAGAAGUCCAUCCCUACGGGGUUGGUGUACAAGCAAAACGAGGAGGUUCUGGAGGAAGUAGGGGCCGGCGACCUCCAGAAGAUGCUCGAAGUCCGGGAUUGGACAGGGCUCGAGGGGAAAAAAGGACUUGUGGCUGGUUUAUAUGUAGCAGUGCUCGAAUGGGAUAGGAUCAGCUCACAAGCGUUCAGUGGGUGGGGGGGGUGGCCCAAAGGGUUCACCAGCAGUGUGCCGCCUUGCGUCGGUUUUACGGGCUGGAUGGGCGGAGGUGUCGUCUGCAAGCUAUUUCCCUACACAUCCGGGGCGACGGCCGACUCGGCAACAGCAUCGGGGGUAGGAGGGGCGGCGGCAGCGGCGGCGGCAGCAGCGAGUUCUGCGGGAAUCUCGGACGAGGAUCUCAAAACGGUCGCCAGCGCGCUCGUGAAGAGACUAGGCACAGGAAAGCCGCUGCAGCCGGCCGCUUUCGACGAGUUCAGCGACGCGGUGGACCGUGUUUUGGAGUCGACGGCCGGUGCCCCCUGA